AUGAGUUCUGUGAAUGAGCUAUUAAACUACUUUGUGGUUAAUGACGAUAAGGACGAUGUGGCCAAGGGCGUAGAGGGAGCCAAGUCACGGGCUGAGCAGCUGGAGAGGGAGAGACAGAAGGAAAACGAGAGGGCGGUCGUGCGGAGGUACUUCCCCGGAAAGAAACCCCACUACGCGAAAAACGCCAAGGAGGACGACGAGGAGGACGACGGCGAAGAUGACGAGGAGGAGGAGGACACCCUCUUCGCACGUAUCAAAGGAGACGAACGGGAAAGAAUCACAAGGAGAGUUCGAGAAGUGAAGGUUAUUAACCACCCGGAGGAGGUAAAGGAUGAAGGACUCCCAAAAUCGCGAGGAGAAGGAGGAGAGGAAGCAGGAGAGGCAGACAAUUAUGAGGAGUAUUUUCCCGUAGGACAGGAAGAAGCAGAGCAGGAAGCGGAGGAAGAAGGAGAAGAAGCCGAGGAUGAGGAUGAGGAUGAGGACGAAUCGAGCAACUCUUAUGUUGACCAAUCAGAUGACCAGUCGGACGAUGAAAACUACAUGAAUGGAGAGGAUGGAAUUGCCCCCAUGAAACAUGAGUAUGUGUUUAAAACGAAAAGAAAGACUCUCCUGGAGACCUUCGAAAAGGAGCAAAGCGAGAAACAGCUAUUAAAAGAUGAAGAAAAAGAAAAAAAAAAUUGA